UUUUUCCAUUUGAGUCGUCCAGUGCAAGCCGUCAUGCAGCUGCUGCUUCCGAUUGUGUCGACGUUGGCCGCCGUCGCAUGUGUCGUCGACGCACAAGUUCCUAUUCCGUCAAAACCUCUCGGCUUCACGUAUGGUAAUGGGUCGGCGGAUGCUGCAGUGCAACUCGAAGUGUUCUUCGACCUCCUUUGCCCCGAUAGCAAGGCUGCGUACCCAGCCCUCCAACAACUCGCGGGGAACUUGUCGUCGAGUCAGUUCCGACUGCGUAUCCACCAAUUCCCCUUGCCAUACCACCACCAAGCAUUCUCCAUCGCCCAAGCAAGUCGAACGAUCACGCAUGCGUUGGGACAAGACAAGUUUGCGACGUGGCUGGAAACCGUGUACGACGUCCAAGACCAGUAUUGGAACAAGCAGACUGAAAAUUUGGGUCAAAAACAAGUGACGGCCAAGAUUGAAGCGCUCGCCAAGUCCACGUUCCCAGCCCUCACGGAUGCGCAAUGGAAAGACGGCAUGACCGGACAUGGUGGGACCGAACGGGACUCGGAAACUCGUACGGAAUGGAAGCAUGCGUGCACCCGCGGCAUCUCUGGCACCCCACAAUACCUUCUCAACGACGUGCCUAUCAAUGCAGAGUCCACCUGGACUUACGACGACUGGGUGGCGUUUCUGAAGCCAUUGUUGCAUCCCCAAGUCGACAACGCGGUCUCCUUGAGCUCCAACACACCGACCGAUGCGCAGCAGCGCCACGAAGUGUCUACGGCGUCGACGGGUGGCAACGAGCUCGAAGCUCCCAUUGCCAACAACUGGGCGGUGGCUGGAUACAUUGGAGCGGGCGCGGUGCUGGGAGUCGGAGCGGUUUUGGCUGUUCAGCGGUUCGACAAAGGAUAUCAGCGUUUGCAAUAACGUAGCCCUAAGAAACAUGUUUUCGAUGGUUAGGAUUCCCCUUCAAAGCGUCGGACAAAACGAACUGCACCGCUCAGUUCACCAUGUCUUUAUAGCAAUGUUAUUACUUGUAGUGUCCAAUACUACAUUACAUGGG